AAUCACCAUGGCGUUGAAAGAGACUGCGGGGCUUUAUGAGACACUGAAAACGGAAUGGAACAAGAAAAACCCAAACCUGAGCAAAUGUGGAGAAAUACUGAGCAAACUUAAGGUGUCGUUACUGGAGCUGAACUUCUUACCUACCAGCGGGUCCGCGCUCACAAAGCAGCAGCUCAUUUUAGCUCGUGAUGUCCUUGAAAUUGGGGCCUUGUGGAGUAUCCUCAAGAAGGACAUCCCAUCCUUUGAGAGAUACAUGGCCCAGCUGAAAUGCUACUACUUUGAUUACAAGGACGAACUACCAGAAGCUGCCUACAUGCACCAGUUACUUGGACUGAACCUGCUCUUCCUGCUCUCACAGAACCGUGUGUCAGAGUUUCACACAGAACUUGAGAGGCUGAGUGCACGAGAUAUUCAGACCAACGUCUACAUCAGACACCCAGUCUCAUUAGAGCAGUACCUGAUGGAGGGAAGCUACAACAAGGUCUUUCUAGCCAAAGGCAACAUCCCUGCUGAGAGCUACACCUUUUUUAUAGAUAUUCUGCUUGACACAAUUCGUGAUGAGAUCGCAGGUUGCAUAGAGAAAGCAUAUGAGCAGAUCCAGUUCAGUGAAGCCACCCGUGUGCUUUUCUUCAGUACCCCCAAAAAGAUGACAGAUUAUGCCAAGAAGAGGGGAUGGAGUUUGAGCCCAGAUGGCUAUUACUCUUUCACCAGUCAGCAGCAGCGGACAGAAGAGGUGACCAUCCCCUCUACGGAGCUGGCACAACAGGUCAUCGAAUAUGCACGACAGCUGGAAAUGAUUGUGUAAUCCGCCCCCAGGAACACACUCAACCAUGUACAGACACACUCAGACACACGCCGCUGAUCCAGUAUACAUCCAGUCGGCGGUUUCCCUGAGGAAUAUGAAUACAUUGAUUGCCAGAAUGGUUGAUUUUGUUGCCCAUACCUCAGAAAUCAACCACCAUUUCUUUUUCCUGUAUUAAAUCUGUCUGCAGGUCUUUCUGACUGACGGUUUUCUUUCAUGUUAAAAGAAUGGGAACAAAACUAAAAGUAUCACCUGUGACCAGUCUAUUCAGCUGUUGCUACUCAGCUACCUGUUUAUUGAAGACAUUCAAGGGUUUAAAUGUUAUUUUAUACAAGAUGUAAUUUGUCAAACAUUACAAUUUUAUGGCAUUCCCAGCUGGUGAUUGAAAAAAACAAGAACAUCAAGUCCAAUUACUGAAUACGAUACCCCUGGGUCUCUGCUGUUUUUCCGGGUAUAAGAAAGUUAAUUACUGUCACCACCCUGUGGCUUUGCCUUUCAGUGUCCACACAAAACUAUCAACAGAACUCAACAUUUGUACCCAAAUUCAAGCAAACCCUUUUUGUACACAAAGUUCAUUUUCUCCUUAGUAGAGCCCACAGAAAUGUAUUGCCCUUGCCUUGUAUCCUAGCAACAGAGAGAAUUGCCAUUGAAGUUUGAGUGUUUUCUAAAUGGUAAUGCCUCUUCCUCCCUAGAUGGUUUGUAAUCCAGUUGAUCUUACAAUGCAAAUAUUUGUCUGCAAUAAAUGCUUCAGAAAAAAAA